UCCUAGAUGCUGGAGAGAAACUUGUCCUUACCGAGGAGGGGAGAUAUCUCUUUGGCCUCUGUAGGCUUAGGCCCGCUUGGGUUGUGGGUGUUGGCAUUUUCAACCCGUCUCCCAUUAGUUUCCCAGGUCCUGUGCGCUGUCUUUAUACUAGGGAAUUAAAAAACAGUGGAAUGGAAAGCAAUUGUGGUCAUCCCAUGUUAAGCACCUCGUCAGCAAUGUAUACAUUCCUGCUGGGGGCCAUAUUCAUUACUUUAAGCUCAAGUCGCAUCCUACUGGUAAAAUAUUCAGCUAAUGAAGAGAACAAAUAUGAUUAUCUUCCAACUACUGUGAAUGUGUGCUCAGAACUGGUAAAGCUGGUUUUCUGUGUGCUUGUGUCAUUCUGGGUUUUAAAGAAAGAAGAUCAUCAAAAUAGAAAGUUGAGAUGUGGUUCCUGGAAGGAAUUCUUUAAUUUCAUGAAGUGGUCCAUUCCUGCCUUUCUUUAUUUCCUGGAUAAUUUGAUUGUCUUCUAUGUCCUUUCCUAUCUUCAGCCUGCCAUGGCUGUUAUCUUCUCAAAUUUUAGCAUUAUAACAACAGCUCUCCUAUUCAGGAUAGUGCUGAAGAGGCAUCUAAACGGGAUACAGUGGGCUUCCCUCCUGAUUCUGUUUUUGUCUAUUGUGGCCCUCACUUCUGGGACGGAGACCUCAGAGCAUAGCCUGGCAGGACAUGGAUUUCAUCAUGACGCCCUCUUCAGCCCAUCCAAUUCCUGUCUUCUCUUCAGAAGUGAGUGUCCCAGGAAAGACAAUUGCACAGCAAAGGAGUGGACAUUUUCUGAAGCUCAGUGGAACACGACGGCCCGAGUUUUCAGUCACAUCCGUCUUGGCUUGGGCCAUGUUCUUAUUAUAGUCCAGUGUUUUAUUUCUUCAAUGGCCAAUAUCUAUAAUGAAAAGAUACUGAAGGAAGGGAACCAACUCACCGAAAGCAUUUUCGUACAGAACAGCAAACUCUAUUUCUUUGGUGUUCUUUUUAAUGGACUGACCCUGGGCCUUCAGAGCGGUAACCGUGAUCAGAUUAAGAAUUGUGGGAUUUUUUAUGGGCACAAUGCAUUUUCAGUAGCCCUUAUUUUUGUAACUGCAUUGCAGGGCCUCUCGGUGGCCUUUAUUCUGAAGUUCCUGGAUAACAUGUUCCAUGUCUUGAUGGCACAGGUCACCACUGUCGUCAUCACAACGGUGUCUGUCUUGGUCUUUGACUUCAGGCCCUCCCUGGAGUUUUUCUUAGAAGCCCCAUCAGUUCUUCUCUCAAUACUUAUUUACAAUGCCAGCAAUCCUCAAGGUGUGGAAUACGUACCUAGGAAAGAAAGGAUUCGAGAUCUAAGUGGCACUCUUUGGGAGCGUUCCAGUGGGGAUGGAGAAGAACUGGAAAGACUUACCAAACCCAAGAGUGAUAUUGAAUCAGAUGAAGAUACUUUCUAAGUGGUACCCAAAUAGUUGGCAGCUAUCACAAACAUUCUCACUAUGUGUGAUAAUUAUCUUUUCACUUUGAUAAACCAAGAACAUUUCUAAAGCAUAAAACUCUUUGCAUAUAUCUAACCAUUCCCAAAAUAAUUCCAACCAAAGCUUAGAGGACCUAAAGGCUAAAAAGUUCUAAGGAACUGACAUAAGAGUAAUAGUAUGGAGACUGCAUUAAUGACGUGGUACUUAGUACAUUGUGGGCUUACCAGGUGACACAGUGAUAAAGAAUCCAUUACAGGAGAUGCAGGAGAUCCUAGGGCUGAGAAGAUCCCAGGAGUAGGAAAUGGCAUCCUGCUCCAGUACUCUUGCCUGGACAGUUCUUGGGACAGAGGAGCCAGGUAGGCUAUAGUUCAUGGGGUCUCAAAGAGUCAGACACGACUGAGCACACACCCAAACACUUAGUAAGUCAAGAUAUAUUUGCAGAUUAUUUUCCUCUUCCUCCAUUCCAAAAAAAACUUGUGAUAAUCAUGUUAGCUUUACCCUGUAAGUAUACAAAUAGAGAUCAGUUUGCUAGAUUUUCAUAAUUGUGUAGUUCUGCUCUGCAUGCCAUAGUCUUCCCUUUUUUAUCAUUAGAAAUACCACUUAGGUUGUCCUUUGAAUUUUGAGGUCACGGAGAUAGUCAUUUUGUAAUUAAAAAGCAAUGUGACUCUUUCUAAAAAAUUUGCUUGAAGGCCACAACAUUGAUUUGAGAAUAAUGUAGUCUGUGCUAAAUAUUUUGCCAAAGAAACAAAAUUUUCAACAAAAAUCUCAGAAUUUUAAUUUUUAGGAAUUUUCAGGGAAUUUUAGUUUUAGUGAUUAUCCUUUGAUGUUUUUCUAUACAAAAAAGCUUCAAUUUAGGUGAAAGUUGGUUUCCAGUCCUCAGUUAUCACUUGUAUUUUACAUCAGUUAAGCCAGCUGUGAUGGGUUUUUUCUCCACAGUUUGAGCAUGUCACUUUUGGAUUAUUCUAUUUCAGAGAACUAAUAAGCUACUUUUAUUAGUUAUUAAAUAGAAGUUAUGAUUAUUAUAUGUGUUUAUAGCAUAUUCUGUUCCUAAAGGUUAAGCCACUGGCUUCAGAUCCUGCCAGACUGUUGGUAAGACUAGUGCCGAAGACUUCCUUUUAAAAGAGUCACUUUGCAAACAAAUGACUUUUACUGAACUAUGAAUGGUGUUACUCUAAAAAGAGGAAGCCUAGUUAUAAAUAAAGCACUUUAUAGUAACUUAUUUCACACUUAAACUGCAUGGUAUUUUUAGAGGUAUUUUUGCAUGCAUCCAAUUGAAUCUAUGAGUUAGAAAAGUCAGGUGAUAGGUAAUUUAAAAAUGAGGAAACAAAUGAUUUGCCCAAGACUGUACAGCUGGAUGGCGAUAGGACAAGAGCUGACUUUAGCUAAUAGGCUUGUGUGUUUACAGAGUACUAUACUGUAAAUAUGAGCUUUAAGGUAUCAUUUUCAUACCGUUUGUAUGUCUUUUUUCCCCCUAAUUUUCAUGUAGAUAAAUAUAAGAUGAUGCUAUUAAUCCAUCUGUGAUAGCCAGAAUAAUAUGAAUGGCAAGAGUUGGUGGAAAUUUAUAAAUAAAAUAAUUAUUAAACCCUUA